AAAGUGCGCAUGCGCUACUCGUUGCAUGUGGUGGGUGGCGAAGGAGAGACUCGCUUGGUGUCUUCCUUGUGCUCCCACCAGGGAAGCAGGAAGACAGCACCGUCCUUAGAGAUAAGGGAACCAGGAAGUGAUCCAACAUCAACACAGCCGCCGUUACUCCUGACGAUCCGUGUAAUGAAACAGCUCUGCACCAUCCUGGGAAAGGCGACAGCGUACCUCCCUGUCUUUAUUGUCAUCAUCGCUGUGGUUUUGGAGUACUUCGAGGAUCCUGAGCCGGUUAGAUACAUCAGCAUGGCUGAGGACAUGAAGACUCUGGAGGAAAACUUCAAGCAGCAGAGUAAAAGCUGCUUCAUCCUCGGUGCCUCUGGAGAAACAGGGAAGGUGCUGCUUCAAGAGCUCCUGGAGCGCAACGUCUUCUCCAAGAUCACUCUCAUUGGAAGGAGACAGCUCACCUUUGAGGGCAAAGCGCAUGACAACCUGGUGCAAGAGGUGGUGGACUUUGAGAAGCUUGAGGAUUAUGCUGCUGCCUUCCAGGGCCAUGAUGUUGGCUACUGCUGCAUGGGAACAACCAAGGCAAAAGCAGGGACUGAUGGCUUUAUCCGUGUUGAUCAUGACUAUGUUCUAAAAUCAGCUGAGCUAGCAAAGGCAGGAGGCUGCUCACAGUUUCACCUGCAGUCCUCCAGAGGGGCCGAUAAAAACAGCAGCUUCCUCUACCUCAAAGUCAAGGGACAAGUGGAAGCAGAAAUUGAGGCACUGGGUUUUGACAGAUAUGCCGUUUAUCGACCAGGGGUGUUGUUGGUCGACAGGCAGGAGAGUCGUCCUGCGGAGUGGCUGGCCAGGAAAUUCUUCAAUGGCCUCACCUCUGUGUGCUCUACGUCCAUGGCCAUCCCCAUUGAAGCUGUGGCAAAAGCGAUGGUGUCAAACACGCUGCUCACACCCGAGCAGAAGGCGGAGAUCCUGGAGCACAAAGCCAUCGCCGCUUUAGGAAAGAGUGCAGGGAAAUAAGAGUCAGCAGGAAAUACAUUCAGGUCAUUUCAGCAGAAACAGGGACCACUAUGAACUGCAAAUACAAAUCACCACCAAUACUCUUUUCAUUUUAUCAUCAAUAUAACCAACGCUUUUGUAACAGUCAGAAAAUCAAAGGGUGUUUAUUGUUCUGGGUCUGCAGAGCUGUUCUUGGUGGAAAUCUGUGAGGCUGCCAUAAUAAUUCUCUGUGUGUGUAAGAGUCGUUUCUUUGGUUUGAAUGAAGUAACAUCUUAUUCAGGGAACUGCUGCCAGGCUUUUUUCAUGUUCACCAUGUGUGCUUUCAAAUAUUGAGAGCGCACUGAGCUGCCUUAAAUUAAAUGCUUACAAAUACCAUUAGGUUCAGGUUUUCAAUGUUUGUAAUUAUUUUCAUGGAGAAGAAGUAAUAUAUUUAUUAAUAUCAACAUUAUCUUGUAUUUGUAUGAGCUCUACCAAAUCUGCAAUAUGAGGUUUAUUGCAUGAAAAGCUAUACUGUGCUAUGAUACUGCAUGUUACGGAUAAUAUACACAUGUUCAUUUUUAAUUUCACUUCAUCUGUAACAAGACGGCACGAUGCCAAACACUGACGAUACAUCUGUCAUCUUUACACUUUUAUUAAAGGAACAGUUUAUUAAACUUUUUUAAACAUGC